AAGGGUGUGAGAGGACCCCAGAGACAGGCACACGCUCAUUAGCGAGUCACAUGAAUGGAAUAUACGGACUAACACAGGAGCGCUUCUCCUUAAUAUGCCCAGCUUAAUCGCACCACCGCUAAAAGAGUCUCAGGAACUCGACAUGGAGAGAGAGGACAGGAAAAGAAGCAGGAGUCUAGGAAAAGACUUCAUGUGUCGUAUGCAGUGCUUGUUCUUGCACACGUCAAGCAUUGAAAGACUCACACCAGAGGAAAUGUGGCUGUGGUCUCAAUCGCUGGAGAAACUCCUUCAGUCCAAAUAUGGUAUGGCCACAUUUCACACCUAUCUGAAGACAGAAUACAGCGAUGAGAACAUUGAAUUCUGGCUGAGAUGCGAGGAGUACAAGAAAAUCAAAUCAUCAAACAGGAUGAACUCCAAGGCAAAGAAGAUAUACGAACAGUAUAUUCAGACCAAGGCACCGAGAGAGAUUAACAUUGACCACCACACGAGGGAGACGAUCAAAAUUAACGUAAUGGCUCCCACCCCAAUCUGCUUCGAUGAAGCCCAGAAGAUCGUAUACAAAUUGAUGGAGAGGGACUCAUACCCUAGGUUCCUGAGGUCUGACAUCUACAGGAGUUUGUUGGACUCAACUACAACAGACUGCCAAAGGGGUUGACAGGGAAGCACUCCCCAAAGACCUUUUGCUGGAAGAGUUUUGCUCCCGACCCCCCCCUCAUGGAUUGCAUGGCACGCUAAAGAUAUGUAGAUUUCGUUAAAUCUGUGGAAUGAAAACCAAAUCAGGACAUGCAGAGAGGGAGAAAUUUUCAGUCAGAGCAGGCAGAUGUGUGAAAAACCUUGGAUCAAGGCUUUGGAUCUUGGUGUGAAGGUGGACAUGGCUAAGCAGCUACCAGAUGGGUCAAGCACACAAGCAAUCCAAACUAUGUUCCUGACUGAGAAAAUGAAAAAGACUAGCAUAGAAAUGGAAAGACAUUGGUUGGCCUAUUGCUCCAGUCAGAACUUAACAAACAAUUCAACCAAUCGUCUUGAGUAAACACUCACAUAGUAUUGAGCUGGAAGCUCAAUGGGAUUGUGAGCCUCUAGGGCAGAAUUGUGUAUCCAUCGUUUAGAGGCCGAUUUCGCUGCUGGGUCCUGAAUAAGCUUUUGCUGUUGACAGCUGAUGUUUGUGAGACAAUGUUGAUGGCACAUGGGUUUGCAGUUGAAUGAACAAGGGGCCAAAUUGUGUGCUGUCAGAACAAAUAUAAUCUGUCAGGAAGAGACCGAGUCUGCAUGUAGUCGAUGUCAAACUCAACGUCCUCUCAAAUGAAACCAAUGAAUUGGUCUGAAGACAGUUUGGAAUGUAAAUAGUUAAGCCGCUGAUUGCUCUCAUUUGCAUAAAGACACAGAAGGCCUCACAUAAAACCGCAGGGUGGAAUUGAACGAAAAUCAAUACGCUCAUUUAUAAUUUCAGUUUAAAAAGUUAUGACAAAGAAAGUUAUUUCAGCAGUGAGGAGAUGCUAAAAAUGCUGUAGAGUUUUAAACAAUAAUGCAUUAAUUGAUACUGUACAUUUUUGUGUUCUAUGUAAAUGGGAUACUGUAAUAAAAAUAAAUUAAUUUAUUUUCAAUAA